GGCAGCGGCGGCGGCGAGACGCGGAGCGAGCCCGGCGGCCGCGGGCAGGCCCGGAGGCGGCGGAGGCAGCGGUCAUGUCGCGCUACACGAGGCCCCCCAACACCUCCCUGUUCGUCAGGAACGUCGCGGACGCCACCAGAAAAUCUAAAGCAGUCCACAGUAGCUGGCAAGCACCCCCCAGUUUGAACCAACCUGUUAGCUAGAAUCCAAGCAUAAACCGAGCAGGCGAGAAAAAAGGCACCUAAAGUUCAAGCAUCAAGGAGUAAAGAGGGAGGGUGGACACAGAUAUAAAGACCUGGAAGAGGGGAAGUCUUUAUCAAGCAAAAGACAAAGCCAACACCAGGUUGAGACUUCGGCUUUCCUACAUUUAUUCAGAGUUCCAGAGUCAAAGCCAAGUCUGAUUUUGUUGGUUCUUCGUCUCUUAUAAAGUCCAUCUUGCAAGCCUUAAAGAGUAAAGGUCAAGGUUCAAGAUCAAGUGACAUUGAGUAUCCUUAACAGCUAGUCAUAUUUGAAGAUGUUCGUGAUGCUGAAGAUGCUCUUUAUAACCUCAAUAGAAAAUGGGUAUGUGGCCGUCAAAUUGAAAUACAGUUUGCACAAGGUGAUCGAAAAACACCAGGCCAAAUGAAAUCAAAAGAACGUCACCCUUGUUCUCCAAGUGAUCAUAGGAGAUCAAGAAGCCCCAGCCAAAGGAGAACUCGAAGUAGAAGUUCUUCGUGGGGAAGAAAUAGGAGACGGUCUGAUAGCCUUAAAGAGUCUCGACACAGGCGAUUUUCUUAUAGCCAGUCUAAAUCUCGCUCCAAAUCACUACCAAGGCGGUCUACCUCAGCAAGGCAGUCAAGAACUCCAAGAAGGAAUUCUGGUUCUAGAGGACGGUCAAGGUCCAAGUCCUUACCAAAAAGGUCCAAGUCAAUAGGAAAAUCACAAUCAAGUUCACCUCAGAAGCAAACUAGCUCAGGAACAAAAUCAAGAUCACAUGGAAGACAUUCUGACUCCAUAGCAAGAUCCCCUUGUAAAUCUCCCAAGGGCUAUACCAAUUCCGAAGCUAAAGCACAAACAGCAAAACACUCUCAUUUUCGAUCACAUUCCAGAUCUCGGAGUUAUCGUCAUAAAAACAGCUGGUAAACAGCCACAGAAGAGCGCAACAUAGUUUCGAAUAUAAGUUAUCAAACCUCUCAUUAUGUUAAAUAAAAAUUCUUCAAGGCUCAUAGUAAUUGUGAGUUACUUUGGGCAUGUGCAACAAAUAAAAUCUCUCUAGUUUUGGGUUAAUAAAGUCUCAAUUUAAAGGGCCCAUACCACAAAUUAUGUGUCUGAUGUCACCAUUUUAUGGACCAUUUUUUGUUUACAUUAUGGCAGGAUACUUUUCAAAGGAGAUGGGUAAAAUGGAACUAAUAUAGAAAAUUAUACUUGGAUAUUAAGUAUUAGUAAUAUUAAUGAUACCUUUUACAAAAAUAUUUUUUACUUUAAAGCACUUUUACUUUCAUGUAAAAAGUAAUUAUGACUGUAUAAUUACAUAGGGCAGACUUAAACUGCUUAACACCUUACGUCUCUGUUGUAUCUUCUGUUUAGACUUGGGCCAAUUCUUAGUGGAUAUUAGUUCAUAUUAUAAAAUCUGACAUUUCUAAAAAUAGAAUUUAUAUAGAGAUCAAGCAUUCAAAAGAUACAUUCUCUCCUAAGCUCAAAAAAGCUUUUAUUUUUACUAUGUGGAACAGUAUAGAUAAGUUGACAUUAAGUUGCAUCCUGUACUGUGUUCAUUCACUUCAGAAAUAUCAAAACGUUUUAAAUAUAUUGAGUUUUGAAUAGUUGGAGACUACUUCUCUAAAAAUUGUGUGCAGCACUCAUAAUCCAAAAAUACUCAUACUAAGCCUUAUACAUUUGAAGAGUGGUACAUUUUGUAUAAAAAUCAUAUUUUAUAACAUUAUUUCUACAUACCUACUUUUCAUCUACUACUUAAUUUUUUCUUUUUAGAGUUCCAGCUCAAGACUUUAAAUUGUAUAGAAUAAGUCCUAUUAUUUUUGAAAGUGUUGAGUAUCUUGUAUUAAGGAAUUCAAGACUGCAUCCUCAAUAAGCUUUGUGGUAUUCAGAUUUACUUUACACUGUCCUUCAUUUUUAUAAACCAAAUAACUUUAUUGAUAUUGCUUUUGUAGUUGUUAAACCUGAGAAUUUCUUUAAAAAUGUGUUUGUAGUUUACGUUUUUCAGAGGGUUUUGGUAGUAUUUGUGAUAAAAUGGUUUUGCAUAUGAUUAUUAUAGGGGAUAUAUUUAUAGAGUUCUACUUGUGUACUUUGUUGAAUUAUAUUGAAAAUUAAAAGUUCUCAGCCCAUACAGUUAAUAUUUGUAUCUAGAGUGCUUAAGAAAAAAAUCUGUCUUAUAUUUUUGGCAUAUAGGAGCCAGUGUUGCUUCUAUUUUCUUUUUUAAAUACAAAUUCUACUUUUCUUUGCAUUUUAGACCCUAUGUAAGAAACAACUUUACAGAAUAAUUUAUAUGCUGGUGAUAUUUAGACAAGUACCAUAAGUUAAUGUAAACUGUACAGUACUUUCUGAAUACAUUUUCUUUAUUUAAUCAUAAGAACAAUUUAUUUCAAAACUACAGCUCUUUGAAGUGUUCAGCUGUAAUAAAAUUUAGUCAUAAAAUUAUGUGGCAUUGUUAAAAAUUUAAAGGAUAGUCCAAAGAAAGAACAGAUAAGUAUUAAUAGUAAUGUUUUAUAUUUUCUAAAUAAAUGUUUGGGUUUAUCCACGUAUAUAUGCAGUAAUUUGAAAUACUAAGUAGAAAUUGAUUUAUAGUGUCUUUACUUUGCAUUUAAUUACAUCUUAGUGAAAAAUUAAUACAGCGAUAUUUCUGAAAUUGCUUUUCCUUUGACUUACUCCUGAUUUGGUUUUCCAUUAUAAUCUUUAGACUGCUUAGGAAGAUACUAUUUGAUUUGACGGAAAAACUCAAAUGAUAAUAGUUCAGACUUCUUUGAGCAUUUACUUGGCACUGCUCUAUAAGUUUUGCAUUAUUCACUCAUCAUUACAACAACUGUAUGAGAUAAAAACCACUGCAGAUAAAGAAAAUGAGAUGCAGAGAGGUUCAGUGAUACCCACCAGGUCACACACUAUUAGACUUGGGAGUGGGCAGUGGCUGGGCUCCAAACUACCCCUCCCUGAUUGUUAUACUUUUUGGAAGAGAAAUCUGUGACAGAUAUAUGCUAAACUAAGAUAAUGUUUAGAGUGAAAGGAGAAAAUAGAAUUAGGAAAAUAAAUUAUUAUAAGUUUUCAGUAUAAAUGGGUUCUGUGACUAAGUGGAAAUUGACAGUUGUGCUGGUUGCUUGAGAAAUUGUCUUCUAGGUAUAUCUCUAUUCUAGGAUUCACUUUUGUUAUAGAAUUGUUUCUUGGAUCAUUUAGGAGAAGAUACUUAGGAUAAGAUUGUUAAUAAAUAAAGCAAAUGUUUUAUA